UUACACAAUUAUUUAAAUUGUAAAACAUUGUUAUUUACAAUACACAGCGUGGUUUUUAAUCAUAGUUUUAGGGAGGGACAGCCCUCAGAUAGACCCCCGCCUAUGCUUUAAACACACACCAAUGAGAAAAUGAAAGUGAAUGUAAAACGGAGACGAGGAGGAGAAACUCACGGACACAGCUGUCAAUGCCGAACCCAAUCAUAUUUCAAAAGAAGUAGACGCGUAAAGUCUGUUUCUAAUCUUUCGGGUUUCUGGUGUGAAAGCAAACGCUUCUCUCAUUCUACACGCCACAGGGGACUCAAGUUUGAAGAUCUGCCUGUUCCUGUGUGUUCAGUAUGGCUUCAGUAGGAGUGGAUGUGAUUGAGACCGCAGCUCUGGGGAGACCCUUCCAGCUGGGGAUGCUGUAUGACUGCAGGAAAGAUGCUCUCAUACCAGGAAUCACACUGUGGGAUCCAGAGAAGCUCCAGCAGAGUUUAGGAACUCGUCCCCAAAUUAACACCGAUUUCAAAGUCACAGCUUCAGACUCCAUUGAGGACAAAUCAAGGUUACUGAACAUCGACGGCUCUCUGAAACUCAGUCUUUUAGGUGGACUGGUCAGUGUGACAGGAGCAGCCAAAUAUCUCAACGACACCAAGAAGUCUUUCAGACAGCAGAGACUGACGCUGCAUUAUCACUCAACCUGCAGGUUUGAAGAGCUGACCAUGAGUCACUUGGCACCUGAAAAUAUCAUUCAUCAGCUUGUGUUUGAUAAUGACACAGCGACACACGUGGUGACAGCAGUGCUGUAUGGAGCGGACGCCUGCUUUGUCUUCUGGGAGAAAGGAAAAAGAGCUUGCGGUUCCUGUGAGAGUUUGGGCUUUUAUCCUCUGGACAAACUUCUCUCAAGAAGCUUCAAAAACUUCAGAAGGAAAUCACGCAUGGAUCUGAUCCUAGAAACGGAGUCCAGUGGUUGA